AUGGCCGCAGCCAGACCUGUACAGGAGCAGAGCUCCCAGGCCCGACGCCUCACCAUCCUCGAUCUUCCCGAGGAGACUCACAGGGAGAUCUUCAACCACUGCAACAUGUCCGAGCUCGUCUGUCUGGCCCUUGUGUCCAAGCACUUUCAUCACAUCGCUUCCGAGAUUAUGUACCGCACCCUCCAUUUCUCUCUCCCAUACCAUGGCGGUAAGCUGUGCGAAGACACCCUGGCUGCUUGCCUCAACACCCUCACCACCAGCGAGUACAACUACGCACGUCACCUCCGAGAGCUCUUCAUCGAUGCUUCCUAUGGAACCGGCCCCGAAGCCGACAGGACCAUCGCACCAUACGUCUAUUCUGAGAGCUGUGGAAAAUUCCUGAAUACCCUUCUUCUCUUAACCCUCCGCAAGACCAAGGGUCUGGAGAAGUUCUACUGGGAUGUCCGGAUAGAACUGGGCCGACCGGUUUUCAGAGUGCUGCACCAGAUCCACACACUCUCCGACGUCCAGAUCCGCCUCCAAAAGGGCCCGUCGAUACACGAGACUUCGGCAUUCUACAAUCCCUUUACGCCUGCACCCUCUCCAAUUUCUGCUCAGCUGAAGACACAGUCUCGUCCCAGCAAAGUGCCGAAGCGAGGACUCUCACGGGCCGAGCCGCCCACCAUAUCUGGUUUCAAGAAUCUCAAAGUUCUCUCUGUUCUCGACAUCGACGCCCUCGACGUCAUCACCGAGAUCAAACCUUGCUUGCGAAACUCGGCCGGGACUAUCAUUGAGCUCAGUCUAUCUUUUUCUGAAGCUCUGGCUUCCAAGGCACGCAAGCCGCCGCCCGAUACCGACUCGGAAGAAUCAGACUUCGAUGACAUUGAAUUUAACGUUCCCCUAAGUACUACACUGGCCGAUGCUGAACCUGCUACCACGAACCAGGCGCAUGCAUCAUCGAAGCUCCUGUAUGCGCAGGAGGAAAAGUAUAGGCAGGAUUCUGCCUUGAGCAGGAUAUUCGACCUGGAGCCGUUCCUCCUUCGACAGCAGCCAAAGCAGCCGAAAGUCAGCGCGAAUGGCAGUGCAUCUAAUGCAAGCUUGGCUUCCGACUCAAAUAACAGCAGGGUUGAGUUUGCGAACGCUGUCCGCGAUAUGACAGUGCAGCUUUUAAAUAGCACCGUCAGUGGAAGCAACAUUGGGGAUCAUUCAAAGAUGCUGGAUACAAUCGAAUCUGCCGCCAAGAAAUACAUAGAUUCGGAAGAUGCUAAGAGCGCCCAAGAAAAGAAGGGUGAUCAAGUCAAGGAGCACGGCCAGAGCAAGAAAGGAAACGCUCUGAACACCACCGACACGAUCGUCUCAGAGUCCGGCCUUGACGGCUCUGCAGCAGAUGAGAGCGACAAGGAAGUAAGCCUUUUCAGAGACGGAGACACGGUCACCAAGCUCAAAAGUAAGGGUGCAGACGUCAGCCCGGAGGACAUUGACGUCGAGGAACCGGAGGGCCAACUUGUUCUCGAGGAAGGUUCAUGCGACAGGGAUCUGGAAGACUCAAGCGACAAGGAAGCCGAUCCAGAGCUGCCGACCGAUUCUGUAUUAGCAUCUGCAUCUGCUUCCGGACAGGCUCAAAGUAGCCCACAAGGCCAAUCUAGCACUUGGGGUGGCCAGCAAGAUCCUUUGGCGGAACCAAUAAGCGAUGACAGCAUAAACAAAUUGGCGGCCGAUAUCUCUGCCCAGAAAGCUAACUUAAAAGCCUUGCUGGACAGACUGGCAACAUUGGAGAAACGGGCACUUACUUCACGGAAAGGGCUCGAGGCCAUGUACAGUAUGCGAGACGAUGUUGAGCCGCAAGUUCUGCUGGAAAUGGAGAGGCGAGAACAAGCCUUGCACAAAGACAUUCAGCGUCUCUUCCAAGAGACACGAACAGUUGCGGCCGAAGUGCGGGACAUUGAGGCUAGCAAGCCUGCAUCAAAGACAGGUCGUGAGACGCCUCAGGAGGCUUCUGCUGCCGAGACUCCUGAUGCUGCCAACUCAGCGCAAGCACACAGUAAUCGUCGACUCGUCGACAAGUAUGUGCGGUCCACGCGCGGUAUAGUGUUGGAGGAACUCAAUCUAAGCCUCAUUCCUGUCACGGCAUCGGUGUUGUCCAAGGCCAUUGAUCUGCACACGCUGGUGCGCAUUACCCUGCUCAACGUCGGACCACAGGCGCCUAUCUGGUCGCUCUUCUCCAGAGAGAACAGGUCGCGGCCGCUGGCGCUGCGAUCGAUCUUUACCGACAAUGUGUCAACGGUCUUUCUGGUUUUUGUCGCACAGCUCGAAGAGGUGCAUACGUUGCUCUUGCUGGAGCGAGAUGCAAACCACAAGCCCGAGAGCCUGGCGCCCAAGACAACGACCACGAUCAGCGAUAUCCGGCACAUUGUUCUGAAGAAACACGCCCGUCACCUGAAGAAGCUCAUGAUCAAGAAUGCCGCCAGCCAAGACUGGGAUGUGGACGAGGCGACGAUAAAGCUCCUGGGCCGACGUGCACGGAAUCUCGCAGAGCUGGCUGUCAGCAUGAAAAUGCAAACGAUUCACGAUCUCAUACUACAGCUGCCCAACUUUAUGGGGCUUGUGGCUCUCAAUAUCAUCCGGUUACGGAAUGAUGAUACGUGCGUGUGGGUGACACAGGAGAUCAAACGGUUCAUACUCGACACCGUUGCGCACUACCCGCAUCUCAUACUGGAGUGGCUGGCCAUCGACAACAACUUGUCUGUAGAGCGCAUCAUGCGUGUCAGCCCGAAGAAGAUGGUCGAGGCCAAAAAACAGAAGAAGAUGAAGAAAGCAGGACAGUCCAAGGGCAAAGAGAAGGCGACGAACACCCAAUGGUCCGGCUCUUUCGAGACCAAUGGGUUCUCAAAGGGCAGCGCAGCAAGCAAGAUCUACGACAACAGCGACGAUAGCGACAGCAGCAGCAGCGAUGGCAGCGCCCCGUACAAACAAGCCAAGCUUCAGCUGGAACACUGCCAUGUCGAUGACACCUGGGACAUUUCGAUAUUUGACAGGGUGGUCAGAGUCGGCCGGCUGUAG